UAUCAUUAAUCUUUAAUAUUAAUUUUAAGGGGAAUAUUGGUGUACUCUUUAAAGUAGUAUCAUUUUAAAGAAGAUUAUAUGAAAAUUAUGACCAAAAAAUAGUACCGGAAGUCUUGUCACGAAAUUUCUGUGAUAGCAUGAAGAAGUAAACAUGGGUCAUGUCUUAAAAAUUUUAGAGCUGGGAAAAGCAAUACGGUUAGUUUCAUCUGAAAUAAACAAAACUUUGUGCAAGCGAUGUCAAAACAACGUACUUCACAAAAGGAGUUGGUUCACAACGGGUUCAAAGCUAUUUGGUGUAUGGGAACCAGAUGGCCUGGAUGAGCCUAAGGUAGGAGAGUAUAAGAAGAUUGACAUACAGCUAACAGGAUAUGAUUUUGUUGUGCUGGAAUCUUUCUGUAAAUUUGUAAAGUCAGUCAGAUAUACAAUGGAUCUAGACAUGAAAACAGUUACAAUUCCCCCCAGAAGUCUGAAUAUAAAGACCUACCAUACACACUCCACUAAAGUUCAAGAAGCUUUUAAUUUGAAAAGAUAUGAAAGAAAACUUAGAUUUGAAAAUGUUUCCUGCACAAAGUUCCCAAUAUUUCUGGAAGUUUUAAGAAAACACCUACCAGAAGGAGUGGAUUUACAGAUCAUGGAGUUCUCAAAAGAAAUGGAAGACUCACGUUAUAUCCCAAGUGAUGAAAAAUUACACCUUUUAGCUCGACUUGCAUCUCUGGAGAAAGAGAAAAUAGAAAGGGAGAAAAGAAAAGACAAAUAGUGAUGGAUUUCUAUGUGAUUUAUAUAAAUUCUGUGUGAUAUGUGAAAUAAAUGAUUGCUAUUUAA